AUGGGAGUCGCUGUAACGGUCUUUAGCGCAAUCUUUCUGGCGACUGGAGGUUUCCUUUUCGGAUAUGACUCUGGUAUCAUCACCUCGACCAUCGCCCUUCCUACCUUCAAAGAGUACUUUAACGACCCUUCGGACGAUGUUGUCGGUGGUAUUGUGUCCGCCUUCCAAGGUGGUGCCAUCGCCGGGACCAUCUUCAACAUGCUGUUCGCGGACAUGCUAGGCCGUCGCUGGACUAUCUUCGUAGGAGCGGUCAUCUCCAUCUUGGGCAGUUCUCUUCAAGCAGGUGCUGUUAACAUGGCUAUGCUCAUCAUUGGUCGCUUCAUCGGCGGAGUCGCAGUAGGUCAGCUCACUUCGACCAUCCCUAUGUACGCUGGUGAGCUGUCCGAGGCAAGGUAUCGUGGCACUCUCUCUGGUUUGCUGCAGUGGAUGCUGAGCUGGGGAUUCUUCGUGGCUCAAUGGCUCGGCUAUGGCUGCUCCUUCAACAGCACUCAGUUCUCAUGGCGCUUUCCUCUCGCAUUCCAGAACGUACCUGGUCUCGUCUUGCUUGCUGGCAUUUUCUUCCUGCAGGAGUCUCCUCGUUGGCUCAUGGAGAAAGAUCGACAUGAAGACGCCAUGGCCUCGCUCAACAAGCUCCGAAGGGGCCACGACGCUGAGACAAUCGAUCUAGAAUUCCGCGAAAUCCGUGACGUCAUUAUCGCGGACCGCGCUCUGGGCAAUAUCAGCUGGCUCUCGAUCAUUACGAAAACCUCCUGGCGCAAGCGUCUCUUGCUGGGCUGUGGUGUGCAAGCAUUCGGUCCGCUUUCCGGUAUCAACGUCAUCAACUACUACGGCCCGCGCAUCUAUGAGAUCCUCGGGAUAUCGACACAAGAGUCGCUCAUGAUUAUUGGUAUCAGCGGUGCUCUCUCAAUCGUGUGGUGUACCAUCGGACUGGCACUAGUCGACAAGUUUGGACGUAUCAAGCCUCUUCUCAUAUCGGCAGCGGGCCUAGCGGCUGCUCUCCUCGUCAACGCAGUACAAGGGCAAUACUUCGACCCCAACAAUGGCGCGCAGCUGCGCAGUAUGGUGGCCAUGAACUUCCUCUUCUCCUUCUUUUACACACCUCUUGGCAUCAUCUCGUGGGUUUACCCUGCAGAGAUUUUCCCCAUCGAAUGCCGCGCCCUUGGCAACGCCAUCACGACUUUUACAAACUGGGUUGUGAACCUCAUCUUCGCCCAGUUCUCUCCCCAAGCACUCAGCACAAUUGAGUUCAAGUACUUUUACGUCUUCUUCUGCUUCAAUAUUGUUGCUUUCUUGUGCUAUUGGUUCUUCUAUCCGGAGACCAAAGGCAAGACCUUGGAACAGAUGGACGAGCUGUUUGGCGAUCAAUUGGUACCGCAUGCAUUGCAAGAUCCGGCGGCGGCAUCGGCGGCUAUGGAGAAGGACGAGAAGCUUCAUGCGGAGAUUGCAGUCGUCUGA